GUUUGAAAGUUAAAAUUUAAAGUUUUUUUAAGUAAAAAUUGCUGAUUCAAUUAGAACAAGAUAAGUCUAAACAUACUAUACAACUUAAAACAUAAUAGUGUUUGAAUAACAUAAGGUGUGAGCAUUUUCUCCACCAAAGCGCAUUUACAAUAUCAUACACUGAACAGCCUGCCUAAAUUUUAGACGACAAUUGCCACAUCUAAGUACCUUAGAGUAAACAUAAUAACAAAAAAUAUUUAUGAAGUAGUGAAUAUAAAAUAAUCCAAUAUGGCCGACAUUACUGGCGGUCACAAUGAAAAACCUGGAUUUACUAAAAUAGAAAAUAUGGAUACUGAUGACAUUAGUCAGGACGGAAGUUUGAUGAAUAAUUCCCAGAGCGUUCUUGAGAAAAUUGCUAAUUUAUAUGCUGAACAAUUAAUGUCUGACAUUAUAUUGGUUGUUGGCACUGAGCAAUAUCCUGCACAUCGUGUUAUUCUCUGUGCUAGCAGCGAGGUUUUUCAAGUAAUGCUUAUGAACCCCGAAUGGAAUGAAUGUCGCAAGCGUGUUAUUGAGCUUGUGGAGGAACCGUGUUGUACGGCCGUUUUUCCACAAUUUCUUAAGUAUUUGUACGUUGGACAAAUCAAAAUAACGCUACAGACUGUUAUGCCAAUGCUGGCGUUAGCGGACAAAUACAAUGUGAAAGACUUAGUUGAACUUUGCGUUGACUAUAUGAUGAAGCAUAUAGCGAAAGCAGCCACUCAGGGUUAUCUAGUUUCAUGGUUACAAUAUACUAUUGCGUUUAGUCCCUCACAUGUAGAUUUGACAGAAUCUCUUAAGCGUUUUCUCAAGUGGAACCUGGAAAUAGUUAGUGAAUCAAAAGAUUUUGUGGAGUUAGACUUAUCGAUUAUGGUUCUUCUAUUACAACAAAAUGAUGUUGUUGUAAUAAGUGAAUAUCAGUUGUUUAAAAUUUUGCAAAGUUGGUUACUGCAUCGUCGGGAGCUAUUAGAAAAUGAUGACACACUAACGUUGGAAGAAAAAGAUUCUUGCUUUCAAUCGCUAAUCGAACAGACUGUAAUACAUAUUCGUUUUGCUAUGAUGUCACCACGUGAAUUGGCACAUUUGUUGUUAUUUCCUUUACUGGAAUAUGGUAGAAAUUUUAUAAUUGAACGAUUGGCUAUAGGUAUGAGUUAUCAUUCUGGACACGAGGAACGUGUGGAGGAAGUAAGAAAAUCCAGAGAUGGUAAGCUGCAAUUCACACCUCGUCUAUAUUCUAAUGACACAUGGAGUGUAAGCAUAGAAGUGCAUAAAUUUGAUCAAAUUGAAAAAUAUAAAAAUUAUGUAACGUGUUUUUUUUCUUUGAGAAAUAUUGCUGAAACAGAUGACGAUCAUGCAAUAACUUGGGAAGUCGAGUUCUUUCCACGUGGUGUUAAAUAUAACCGAGCGAAAAUGGUUUGGGGAGAGGAUGUGCCAGAGUUCUCAUUAAAUACUGUACGCUUACGUGCGACAUGUAAACACUCAAAUAUUGGAGAGGAGCGUUUUAAGAUAGCGGUUUUAAUAACUGGCGUACAGAACAAUAUUAACCAUAUACUCACAGUACACGAACGCACUGAAUAUUUUUCAAGUAAGGUGCGUGUACUUAAUAUAGACAAUUUAAUACCCUUCGAUGAACUGGCUUUGUCUUCCAUUAAAUUAAGCCCACAUUUGAUUGGGCCUGAACGUAACAAUCUCUCAAUACAAGUUAUAAUAGCGCCAAUGGGUCCAUAUACUUGUCGUGAUGUGCCACCAUUUGAUUUAAAAUAAAAUUUUAAGAAGUACUAUCAUUAGCCAUAAGCGAGAUAGUUGAACUGAAAUUGUGCUAGAAUGUAAGAAUUUUUUGUUAAUCAUAUAAAUACUGUAAAAUAUUUUAUUUUGUAAUAGUGAAGUUUUUAAUAUCUAAAUAUUGUUUGGUUUUUAAUGGGUGUGUACCUAAAAUUAUGUUAGUGAUAACACUAAAAAAAUUUAUUGCAAUUAUAAGUUGAAUUUCAUUUUGAAUGUAACGUACAUAUGUCUCGGAUAUUGCCAAAACAUAUAACUUAUAAUCGUAAAUAAUAUUUACACUAAAAACCAUUGACUAAUUGUAAUUAA